AUGAGCGUCGACGGGCCGAGUAAGGACGUCCCGGCUGCGCCGGUGGAGGGCGUUUGCCGCCGCAUGCGCGGCGGGUUUCCAGAUCUGCGACCUAGAGGAACGAACAGCGUGGGGAGGAAUUCGAAGAGUCGCCGGCGGAGGAGGCUGGAGCUGCGGAAGAUGAAUUCCCUCUCCGCGGUGAGAUCCGGCGCCGUUGGGCCGAGGAGGAGGAUAUCGGAGCUCGAAUUCGGUGGGAAAUCGGCCGGGGAAGGUAUAAUCGACGCCGGAUCUGGGCACGGGACGGCGUCGCUCGUGGGACGGCGGAGGGAGAUGGAGGACGCCGUGGCGGCGGAGCCGGGGUUUCUGCGGGUGCUCGGGCGGAGCUACGAUUUUUACGGCGUGUACGACGGGCACGGCGGGCGGCGCGUNAGGAGGAGGUGGUGGUGGCGAACUGCGGCGACUCGAGGGCGGUGCUUUGCCGCGAGGGGGCGGCUGUGCAGCUGUCGGAGGAUCACAAGUAUGAAAAACUCUCGAAUUUGGCAGCCUGAUAGAGUCGAUGAACUAGAGAGAAUCGAAGCGUGUGGAGGGAAGGUGAUUAAUUGGGAUGUCGCUAGGGUUAUAGGUGUUCUUGCUACCUCAAGAUCCAUAGGGGAUUACUAUCUGAAACCGUACGUGAUCCCGAACCCGGAGGUACGAGUCAUCGAUCGAACAGUCUCAGACGAGUUCCUAAUACUCGCUAGUGACGGGCUUUGGGACGUCGUUUCUAAUGAGUUGGCGUGCCAAGUGGCAAGGAAGUGUUUGGCCGGUCGGCUUAGGAAAGGCGUAAACCGAUUUGAAGAAGCGGCUGGCGUGCUAGCCGAGUUGGCAAUCUCUAGGGGCAGUGGGGACAAUGUGAGUGUCGUUGUGGUCGGUUUGAGGUAGCUAGUAGUCGAGUUCUUGGUAUAUCCUUCUUUCGAUGAGCAAAUAACAAAUUUGUGAACGUUAUGAGAAUCUAUACAUAUAUAAUUGUAGGCAAAGUUUGUAAUAAUAUUUAUUUCGUCUUUUCUUCAUUUUCGAUUAGAAACAUAUAUUAUUAAUAUAUACUAGUAAUCACCCGUGCGAUGCA